CUCCUGGUGAUCUGGGCACUUUCUCCUUCAUGUCACUGACCUGCCAGGAGCCGCUUUAGGACAUGGAUCCCAAAGGAGCAAGAGGUACCAGGGAGCACCACUGAUCUGCACAGACCCCUUUGCCUGCUGCUGCCCCACAGGGAACAGGGAGCUGCUGAGGAGCUGCAUGGUCCAUCCCUGGAUUCUCCAAGCACUGACUCUCCAUCCACUCUGACCACAGCCAGGGGCCACAUCCCACUGCCUGCCCAGCAUCCAUCCAUGGAGGUGAGCACCGUGACCCCUCUUUUCACCUCACCAGCUGACGGACCUAGUCAGUGUGAGAUCACUGUCUCCAGCGUGGCCAUGCACUUUGUGACCCUGCUCAUUGGUCUCUGUGGGCUGGCUGGGAACGGGGCUUUCCUCUGGCUCCUCCAAAUUAAUGCCAUCACUGACUUUGUGGCAUUCAACCAGGCCACCAUUGACUUCCUCUUCCUCAUCUUCAUGGUUCCCUCCACACUGCUCUUCCUUGUGGAGGAGGUUUCCUGCUCUGCUAUAAUGCCCCCAAUGUAUUUGAGCCUGCUCUCCCAGCUGUCACUGUUCACCUACACCAUGGGGCUGUUCCAGCUGAUGUUCAUCAGCAUCGAGAGGUGCAGGUCCAUCCUCUGCCUCUUUUUCUGCGUUGGACAACUUUCCGAGCACUUGUUGUGGGUGGUGAUGAGUUCCCUUUUCUGGGCCUUGUUCUUUGUGGUCACCGCUGUCAAUCCCACGGUGACUUCCGUGUGCCAGUCAUAUGAGCAGGAGCAAUGCCAGGUGGCUCUCACCUCCAUGUACGCCCUCAACCUCUUCCUCUUUGCUGCACCCAUGGUCAUUUCCAGCACAAUCCUCUUCAUUCAUCUCAAGCCUGGCUCCCAGCAGCAGCCACCCAAGGGAAUUGACAUCGUUAUCUUCCUCGUUGCACUCUUCAGUCUGCCCUUCAGCCUCUGGUCUCUCCUGCAGCAGCUCGGUUACACGGCUGUGCCCUCCCAGGUGGUUUUCCUGCUCACCUGCAUCACCAGCAGCAUCAAACCCUUCAUCUACUUCUUGGUGGGGAGCUGGAAGAGAGCCUGCUCCAUGGGGAGCUGCUGGAGACAGUGCUCCAUGGAGAGCUGCAGGAAGCACUCCUCCAUGCAGUCCCUAAGGAAGGCGAUCCACAGGGUGUUUGAGGAGCCAGAAGAGAACAUUGCCCACAGAAAUGUUCCCUCUGUGGACACAGUGCUCUGAGCCUGCUGAUCCCUUCCACUGCACUGCUGAGAGACCCUGGGACAGUGGCUGAGAGAUUCCUUGAGUCUCCUGAUCAAUAAAUCCCCACAGGGUCACCCUCCCUGUGCUGGUGCAUCCCCAGCCCCUUUCCAGCCCGCUCUGGGCUCUGAUCCGUGCUUGGGAGGCCUCAGCCUUGAGGAGCAGCCCCUGGGCUCAGCUCCUGUGGCGCUGAUCAGAAACACCCUCUGCUCCCAGGAGCUGCUGCUGUCCAACCACCUCCUGGGGUUUUAUCCACAGCCUUGGAAAUGACUGUGCUCCCCUGAGUGCCACAGCAUCCCUGCUCUCCCACUGUCACAGGAGCUGCCGGCCCCAAGUGUGGCCAGGGUGAAACAUGGCUGAGAGUGACGCCCAUCCCUUGGGGCCCUGGGAGCAGCGGCCCAAAAGGAGACCCUUGGAGCUCUCCUGGCCCAGCAGCUCUGAGCAGAAGCUCCCUGGCCCUGGGGCCUCUCCGGGCUGGGAUCUCUCCCGUCUGCUGCCCUCGGCUGAUCCCCGAACGCCGACGGCUCCUGGGCCCAUCCCCCCAGGGCUCGAGGCCCAGCCCUUGGCACAGGGAGGAGAUGCCAAGGGAUCCGCAGGGAGCAUUUCACUGCCUGCCAGGGGAAUCUCUCACAGGCACCUUGCACUGACCCUGUCUGUCUGUCUGUCUGUCUGUGUGCACACACGUCUGCAUCUGCCAUGGCAAAUGUGGCAGCGAUGCUGCUCUCUCAGGUGUGGCAGUGCCUGAGACAUCUGAGCGGGUCAGGCCUGGACGGAACUAUCCGGCAUAAAUAAGGUUAAAUGCUGCUAAGUGAUAUUCCUCUGUUGAAUGGCUAAGCCUAAUCUAUAACUGAAGUACUGUUAAGUCUGAGUGCUGCUAAUCUGUUAGGCCCUUUUCUUUUUUGUCCUUACCCUCCAUUUUAUCCUUACCUUGUGUCAUUUUGUCACAUGCCCUUGCACUCACUCACAAACACACACUCAGGGAUAGCACUUUGGUGUGCUGGUGCUUAUUAUUAAACCUUUUGACUGAU